AUAAUAGGUAUUCUAAAUAGAAUCAUGAAUAGUAGAACAUUUCUUGAUAUUGAUGAUUCGAUAUUAACAAAAAACUUAAUAUUACCCGGAAAUGCACAAACAACUGAUGAAUUAAUGAAACAAUUUGAUUCAAAACCGUUUUUUAUUAUACAACCUACACCUGGAAUAUGCAUAAAAGCAAAAACUGAAGAUGGAGAAAAAAUUUUUCUAAAUAUAUGUACAUCAGAUAAAAUACCACCAGCUGAGGAUAUAUCUGAUGCAAAAUUUUUUGAGAUAUUAACAGACGAAAAUCCACAAUUUGUAAUACCUAUGAGUAUUGGGAAUGAAAGACUUGAAUCUGAUAAGGGUGGAACUCCUUGCGCAACAUAUGAUAUUGUAAUUAACACCACAUACUUUAAAAAAUGCCAGAAGAAGAAAAAUUUUUUAUUAUUCACGAUAUCGGUUAUCAUGGAUGGUGUGUCAAACAAAUUUAAUAAAACUAUAAAUGCAGAGGAUUAUGUAAUCCUUAAAAAUAGAAAGGUUAUUGGUAAAUUGCAACAACAUAGAAUAGAAAAUCGAGAACCACGAAUUCCUUCACAAACUAAAAAGCCAUUAAUCGAAGAGAUCAAAUCACCCAUAAAAAAUCUCAGUGAAGAUCAAAAUAAAUCCAAUCAGUUACGUAAUGUUUCUUCAGAAUCUGUUUCCAAUUCAACAUUGAAUUAUGUAUUAUUGAAACAACCAAAAAAAGGAAUGCCUACACAUUUGAUUGGUUUAUUUCAAAUGCCUAAAGGGAUUACUAGUAAAGAUGUUGAAGUACUUCUUGACGAAGAUCGCGUUGUAAUUACCGUUGAUAAAACUGGUCUCACACACGACCUUUCAGUUCCAUGUAUCAUAGAUAUAGAACAUGUAAAAUGCUGUCUAGAUAAAGAUCUGAAGACACGUGCAAAACGGACGAAGCUUCGAAGAGGACUCAAGAGGACUGUUGCACUCCACCACACUCCGCGCAACGCACCCUUUAACGAUGAAUCUGAUUGGUCUAAAUAGGAGGACGCCAUAAUGGAAUAACCAAUCACAGGCAUUGGUAGAAACUUCAAAUUGCUUUGAAACUUUAACAUGAAAAGAAUGGAAAAAUUCGUUGAAAAUUAUCAACGCCAUGCUUAUUGAAAUAUGAUCAAGAUUACUUUUUUCACUUUAAAGCACCGAAAU